CGGCGCGCGGCAGGCCGGCCAGGCGCGGGGCAGGCCGGGAGUGCCCGCAGCGACCGGGGCGCGGCGGCGGGAUGUGGUACGAGAUCCUGCCCGGCAUGGCCAUCAUGGGCGUCUGCCUCAGCAUCCCCGGCCUCUCCACCGUCUUCAUGAACCGCUGGUGCAACGGCGGCAAGGAGAAGCGGGUUGCCCGCUACCCCUACCAGUGGACCCUGAUGGAGAGGGACAGGCGGCUCUCGGGUGUCAACAAGUACUACGUCUCCAAGGGUCUGGAGAACAUCGACUAAGGUGGCAGCACUUUGAAGAAACCACAUACCUAUAUAAAAUGAUUUAGUCCUUAAUAAAGAUAUCUACGUAUUCAA